AUGAAAACUAAUACAAAUAAAUUAUUAGUUUGGUUAAAAGAAUUUCAGAAUACAUGGUUAUUAGAAAAUAUUCCAAAUGAUAAUCAUUUAGUUGACUCAAUUAAAAUUAAACUUGAUGAAUUCGAACAAUUAAUUAUCGAAAUAAGUGACGAUGAAGAAGAAUAUAAUCGUGCAAAACUACUUAGUAGUGAUAGUCCAAGUAAUAGUGAUACAGAAGAACUAGCUGUUGCGUCAACAUCGACACAUGAAGCAUUGCUAGCACCACCAGAUAUCCGUCUUCCAAUAGAGAAUGCAACUGAAGAACAAGAAGAAGAAGAAGAACAAUCAAGACGACUUCUAUUAGCAGAAAGUGAUGCUAGUGAAAAGUCUGCAUCUGACGAUGAAGAUGAACUGACAAUACGGCCUACAAUUCGUUUAAAACGUAUAUCACAAGCUGAUGCUGAACGUUAUAUGCCACUAGCGUGGAAAAACAUACGAUCAAAAAGCUUUUCUUAUAACAGUGAUUCAUCAACUAGUCAUGAAAAACAAUUACCUUCAUCUUUGCAUAGUAAUAAUUUACAACAAUGUGAAGCAAGUCAUUUAUCGAAUAGUAAUAAUGAGAUUUCCUCCAAUAAUCGAAUUCGUAAUUCAACUUCUGCGCAUGACGAUAGCGAAAGUUCGACAUCCGAUGAUGAUUUUACUAUUAAAGUUCGUACAGAAAAAUGUUCAUCAAAUAGAACAGAAAAAUCACCAACUAAAUCACAUAAACGUGAAAAACGUUCUCAUAAAAAGCAUGAUGUUAUUAUCAACUAUAAUCUAACAACAGCGCCAAAUGAAGUAUCAUUAGAUGAAACAUCAAUACAAGAGCCCAUUGCUGAUGAUUCAUUAACUAUUGUCGAUGACAUGAGUCCGAUAGAUGAAGAUCCAAUCUUAAAAGAUGUGAUAGACAAUAAUGAUAAUGAUUCCAUAUUUGGAUCACUCGAUAUAGUUCAAGAUAAACUCAGGAAGCAGCAUUCCAAUGAAGAUGCAUACAACGAUGAAAUCGACUCCUUACCCGGCCAAGAUUCGCCUCCUGAAGAAUUACCUACUGAAGUACCAUCAUAUGCUCAUUUGCUUAAUCAGUCAAAAUUAUCAUCAGACUCAGGCAGUGAAGAUUCAAAAAAUGAUGCAAAGAAAAACUCGCCUGUUAACGAGAAAAGUCAAUCGAACAAAACUAAACGUACAACACGCUCAUCAUCAAAUUCUGAUUCAUCAAUAAUUAAAAAGAAAUCAAAACUUCCAAUCAAACAGCGAGCUGCACUUUCAUCAUUCUCAUCAUCAUCAUCGAGUGACGAAAAUGAAUCGAAUUCUGCAACUCUAAAGGAUGGCUCUAAUUCUUCACCGAAGCAAUCAUCGUCUACAUCAAGCCGGAUAAGAAUUCAACGGUCAUCAUCGGAAAAUUCAAAUAGUAGCCUUGAAAUUUCAAGAAAACGACGUCGAAAAUCUGAUACGUUAGGCGAACGUUCGAGUAUUUUAAAACAACUCAAACGUAUAACAAAAGACAAGAAAAAUUUAACAUCUAACGCAUCCAGCGAUAGUAAUGAAAACAGCCAUGAUAGUGAAAACCCAACGAAAUCAAAAAAAGCAAAAGUAAAAUUUAGUGAUGAUAGUAGCACCGAUGAUGAUGAUGAUGAUGAUGGUGAACUCUCUCCAAGUAAACGAAAACUUGGCAGAAAAAAUAUUCGAAAAAUAAUCGAUGACCAAGAAUUACACGAUCAAACAAGAAAUGCGAUCGAAGCUGAACGUGAACGUCGAAAUCGUAUUGCCGAAAAACAAAAAGAAUAUAAUGAAUCUUUACUUGAACAAUCCUCUUAUAUGUCCACCAGUGUCGAUGAUGAGUUAAAUAGUUCGAAUCGUCGUUUAAUUCUUGAAUUAGAUACAGUAACAAAUGAACCGUUAAUUGAAGUCGCACCUAAAUUAGUCGAACAACUUAAACCACAUCAACUCGAUGGAAUAAGAUUCUUAUGGAACAAUGUUUUUGAAUCAAUGGAUGCCAUUAAAAAUAAAAAACAUAAUGGAAACGGUUGUAUUUUAGCUCAUUGUAUGGGUUUAGGAAAAACAUUACAAGUUAUUAGUUUUAUUCAUACAGUUUUUAACUAUGAUAAGAUAACUAAUGUUAAAACUUGUCUUGUUCUUUGUCCGAUUAAUGCUGCUCUCAAUUGGUCGAAUGAAUUCGAUCAUUGGUUAAAAGAUGUUGAACCGUCUGUUGAUCAUUAUCAAUUGACAACAGUGAAACCCAAUUUACGUGUUACUCAUCUAGAAUAUUGGCAUAAACAUGGCGGCGUUGCCAUUAUGGGCUAUGAAAUAUAUAGACGAUUAGCAAAUGGUAUUGGAAUUAAAAAUAAAAAGCUCAAAGCUGAUGCAUAUACAUAUCUAGUUGAUCCAGGACCAGAUAUUGUUGUUGCUGACGAAGGACAUAUUUUAAAAAACGCUCAAACAGCACUUGCCAAAUGUUUAUCGAAAAUUAAAACACCCCGUCGUAUCGUAUUAACUGGUACACCAUUACAAAACAAUCUAAUUGAAUACUAUUGUAUGGUUUCAUUUAUCAAACCGAAAUUACUCGGCAGUCAGCCGGAGUAUAUAAAUCGGUUUGUUAAUCCAAUUCAGAAUGGUCAACAUCGCGAUUCCAACGAAGAAGAUGUUCGUCUGAUGAAAAGACGUGCAUGUGUCUUGCAUGAGCUUUUAACUGGUUUUGUUGAUCGAAAAGAUUAUUCAUUACUACAAGAAUAUUUACCACCGAAAUUCGAAUAUAUUAUUAAUAUACGUUUAAGUGAUUUACAAUCGAAACUAUAUGAAAUUUAUUUAAAACAACAAGUUGAUCAAUGUCAACGUUCGUCUGUAUUAAAAAAAGAUUUUAAAUCAGCAAAAUUAUUUGCCGAUUAUCAAUAUUUACAAAAAAUAUGGACGCAUCCAUUUUUACUCUAUCCACAUUUUAUUGAUCGAUGGAAGAAACGCUUGAACACAGACGAUGAGAGUCUAAUUGAUGAUACUGAAAUAGCUUUGCUCAUUGAUGAUGAAGAAAGUAUCGAAGGAUUGAAAAAGAAAAAAACAACACCAAUCGAAGACAAGUCACCCGAAGAAGAAAAUGCCUAUAGUGGUUUUCUAAUUGAGAAUAUUAAAAAUGAAAUAACCGACAAUCAGUCGACAACAAAAAAACGUAAUACUUCCAAUUCAUCGACCACAACACUUGAUUCGGAUUCAGCCAAUGAUAUUGAUAAUCUUAAUGAAGAUAUUGAUUUGACUUCAAAAUCAACGAAUAGCGACGAUGAUAUUGAAAUAAUCAGAACAUAUUCAACGCGAAGUCGAGCAUCAAUGAAUAAUCAAUCGAAAAAUAUUUUGCCGAUAACAACCGAUUCAAAUGUAUUUGAUGUGGAAAAUGAUCCAUCUUCAGGUCAAGCGGACGAUAUGAAUGAGCCAUGGUUCGAUGAGAUAAGUGAACAAUUCUGGUUUCCAUUCUUAAAUAUGUUGCCAAAAGAAAGUAAAUUCGAUAUUGAAUUAGGUGGAAAAAUCUUAUUAUUGAAAUUUAUUAUUGAUAAAUGUGCGGAAAUCGGCGAUAAAAUUCUUCUGUUUUCACGUAGUUUAUAUGCAUUGAAUUAUAUUGAAAGUUUUCUAAAACAUUUACAUAGUGAAAAUGAAAAAGAAUAUUUAAAACAGUGUGAAUCACGACGACAAUUACAAGAAAUUCUUGCAUCAACUGGAGAUAACAAUAAUGUCGCCAAUGAAUACAUUUCACCACCAGUAGAAUGGGUGCGUGAUCAAGAUUAUUUUCGAAUGGAUGGUCAAACCGAAGUUUUAUCAAGAAAACGUUACGCAAAAUCAUUCAAUGAUCCAUCGAAUCCGCGUGCUCGAUUAUUUCUCAUAUCAACAUUAGCUGGCGGAAUCGGAAUUAAUCUAACGGGUAGUAAUCGAGUUAUUGUUUUCGAUGCAAGUUGGAAUCCAAGUCACGAUACUCAAGCUAUCUUUCGUUCAUAUCGUUUUGGUCAAAAGAAACCAGUUUACAUCUAUCGGUUGCUCGCUCAUGGUACAAUGGAAGAAAAGAUCUAUCAACGACAAGUUGUUAAACAAUCAAUAUCACAACGUGUGGUGGAUGAUCAUCAAUUGGAUCGUCACUUUACUCAAAGUGACAUAAAAGAAUUGUAUAAAUUUAAAUCAGAACCAUUGCCGGAAGCUCGACCAGCAUCAACACUUUUAACUCAAUCAGCUACAGAUUUCAAUUAUCCGAUACCAAAAGAUCAUCUACUACUUGAUCUUUUAUAUGAACACAGCCGUUGGAUACAUUCCUACCAUUCGCACGAUUCAUUAUUAGAAAAUAAAAUCGACGAAGGUCUUAGUGUCGAAGAACGACGUCGAGCUCUUGAAGAAUAUGAAAAUCUUAAACGGGGACCCGACCUACGUCAAAUAGCUAUGCAACGGUUUCAACAACAGCAAUUAAAUGCUCACAUUGCUCAACAACAACAAUUAGCAGCAGCACACAUGCCCAGAAAUCUACAACCAAAUAUGAACCAAAUGAUUUCCGACAUUUACAAAAAUUUUCAACAGACUGGUGGGCAAGGUUUUGAUUUUGCACGCGCACUUCAACAUAUUCAUGAUAUGGAAUCAGCCAGAGGACUAACUAAUAAUGCGACAAACAAUAAACGUAUGCCGCAGUCAAAUAUGAAUCAAAAUCGUACCGUUCCUAUUCGACCUCGGCCGAUGUCUGCCAGUACAACCAAUGAUAUUAUUCUUGUCGACAGUGAUGACGAAACUGGAAAUGAUGAAAUAAAUACGCUAUCGAUAUGA